UUGUUAUUUCUGUUAGAGUAAUUCCUGUAUAGAGCUACAAGAUCUGUGUAUUUUUAUUUUGAUAUUUAUUUAUUCAUCUUUGAAAUUAGAGCUGUACAUAUUCUCUAAUGGUAUAAAAAUACUUUGAUCAUAAAAUUCGAAUUCAACAAUGCACGACCUGUCUAAUGCCGUUUCCCCGCAAACAAGCAUGGCGAACACCGAGGAAGACCCUCAAAUCGAAGUGGAAGAAUCAACGGAAAUUAAGACAAAGAAGCAUGAUUCGGGUGCAAGAGAUCUUGAAAAGGUCACCGAUUAUGUUGAAGAAAAGGAAAUUUCGGCUCAAAGCAUAGGAGAUGCUAUGAAAGCAAUGAGUGAUAGGAAAACAAAAGAGAGGGCUAAAAAACAGGAAAGGGAACGGGAACUAGCAAAAGUGAAAAUAAACAAAGAAGAUGUGGAUUUGAUUGUAGCGGAAAUGGAAAUAACAAGACAAAUAGCCGAACGGACAUUACGAGAACACAAUGGGGACGUUGUGGAAGCAUUAGUUGCGCUAACGAAUUGAUUAAAAAGGGACAAUUUUGUUUUGCUACCAUUUUGCAUAGAGGACUGUCAAAUUACCGUCACACUCAACACUAGAAACGCAAACCCUUUGUGUAAAACAGACAUUUUGCUAUAAAAGUGAUGAAGCAUAUCUUUGGCAAUUUCAAAUUCAUGUUUUUCUCAAUAUUCACUCAUACAUGUACAGACUUGUUGACAUGCGUGCUUAAAUGUUAUUUAUGAAGUGUAGAUAGAUUUCUAAUCAUCUCAAGACUUACACAUAAAAGCGAUAGAUGGAA